ACAUUCUAGAGAGAAGACCAGAAAAAAUAGAAAAAAAAGAAAAGGAAAGAGAAAGCUGAAGAGCCAUGGGAAUAGCAGCUCAAGUCAACCAGUUUUGGUUCCAUCUUUUCAUCCUCUUCUUCUCUAUCUCCAUCUCCUCUAUUUCCGGAUCCGAACCAGAUUGUGUAUACACAGUUUACGUCCGAACGAGUUCAAUAAUAAAGGGAGGAACCGAUUCGAUAAUCAGUUUAACUCUCUACGAUGCAAACGGAUAUGGUAUUAGAAUCAAGAACCUCGAGGCUUGGGGUGGGCUUAUGGGCCCAAAUUACGACUAUUUCGAGAGAGGAAACUUGGACAUUUUCAGUGGCCGAGGCCCAUGUUUGACUGGGCCUGUCUGCAAAAUGAACUUGACUUCCGACGGAACAGGCAAAGGCCACGGUUGGUACUGUAACUACGUCGAAGUCACGGUCACCGGAGUCCACAAAGAAUGCAACCAACAGAAUUUCCAAGUGGAGCAGUGGCUUGCAACUGAUGCGUCUCCUUACGAGCUGACGGCCAUUAGAGACAACUGUAAGAAGUCCAAGUCCGAUGAGAAACUGUCCAUCUCCGGCGAGAAUUUGCCCGUUGCCGAUACUGAAUCCAUUCCUGAUGUCGCUGUAAUUUAAUUCAUCAUUUAUUGGGCUUUAUUGGGCCUGAGCCCAUAUUUUAUAGAUUUACGAUUAGUGUGUGAAUUUAAUCAGGGGCAGAAAUCAGGGUCAACGUUGCUCUGAUGUUGUGGUUUGAGUGUAGUAGUAUUGAGUAUUAGAGAAGACAAUGCAGUAAAUAUGUAUGUUGAAUAAUACGGCCCCAAUAUAUAAUGUCAUGAGUACGGACCCUUCAGAAAAAUAAGAGCUUGUCUCUUCACUAUUGCUUAUGCUAUGCUUUCA